AGAGUUCUCUAUGGUCUACUGUGGUUCUCCAAGGUCAGCCUGAUGCACCUGAUGACCUCUUCUCUCCAUGCUACCAAACGUAAGACACUCAAAUUAAUAUAUUGGCUUCUAACUAGUAAUAAAAUAUCACGUACGUCAAUUUACAUGACAUGUGGACGUGACUGGCAGUCCAAUCGCACGUGUCCCAGCAAUUUAUAGUACAGUUAGUCAGAGGAAAGUUGAAAGAGAAGAAAAAGGAACAUUUCCAAGCAGAGGAGGAAAUGGGCAGGACAAGAUGAGCAAGAAAAAAGGCCUAAUAUUUCUUCCCCCGCCCCAGACAUACACACAUAAAUAGUGAGAGAGUGAUUUCCCCGUAUCGCUGGCUGCCACUCCUUUGCUGCAUCUCUCUGGGACCACGCACCAUCCCUCCAAGAUGUGGGCAAAGACAAUUACAGGAAAUUUUGCCAACAUGAUUCACGGUUUGAAUGCAAACCACUUGACCGACCAAGUCAUUCAGAGAAGCAAGCGAAUGAUUCUGGAUACACUUGGAGUGGGGCUGCUGGGUACCAGCACCGAGGUCUGCCACAAAGUGACACAGUACAGCAAGAUCUACAGCUCGGAUAUAUCCAGUACCAUCUGGGGCCACUUGGAUUUCCGACUGCCUCCUCUGUAUGCAGCUUUUGUGAACGGAGUGGCUGUGCACUCGAUGGAUUUUGACGACACGUGGCAUCCAGCCACGCACCCAUCCGGGGCCGUGCUCCCCGCCGUGAUUGCACUCGCGGAGGCCUUUCCUCAGGAGAAAAAAAUCUCGGGUCUCGAUCUGCUCUUAGCUUUCAAUGUGGGAAUCGAAGUGCAAGGCCGGCUGCUGCGCUUCUCCAGCGAAGCCAGGAAUAUUCCCAAAAGGUUUCACCCCCCGACUGUGGUUGGUACAAUGGGGAGUGCAGCAGCUUGUGCUAAACUCUUAGCUCUUGACCAGCCAAAAUGUAAAAACGCCUUGGCUAUUGCUGCCUCCUAUGCCGGUGCCCCACUGGCUAACGCGGCAACCCAAACGAAGCCCCUCCAUGUUGGCAACGCUGCCAAGCAUGGACUGGAAGCAGCGUGCUUAGCAUCCCAGGGCCUUCAAGGAAACAAACAGAUCUUGGACAUGGAGUCAGGGAUAGGUGCCUUUUAUACAGAUUACAACCCACAGACUCUGCCAACCUUGCAGUCCUACCCCUGGCUGUUGGACCAGCAAGAUGUGGCCAUCAAACGCUUUCCUGCCCAUCUUGGAACGCACUGGGUGGCCGAUGCAGCAUCUUCUGUUAGGAGGAAGCUUGUGGAGAACAGUGGCAACUUGCUCCCCCUUGAUAAAAUUGAGAAAGUCAUUCUCAAAGUCCCAGAGGUCAAAUACGUGAACAGACCCAGCCCUGCCUCAGAGCACGAAGCUCGACACUCCUUCCAGUUUGUUGCGUGCUCUGCUUUGCUGGAUGGCAGCAUGUCGGUCCAGUCCUUCACCAGCGAGAACGUUCACCGGCCAGCCUUACGGGAGCUCCUCUGCAAAACGCAGCUGGAGCACCCUCCUGACAACACGCCCAGCUUUGAGAGCCUUUACUGCGAAGUGAGCGUCACGCUUCAGGAUGGCAACAUGGUCAGCGACCGCUGCGACACAUUCUACGGACACUGGAGGAAACCUCUGAAAAAGGAGGACUUGGAGAAAAAGUUUCAAUCCAACGCCUCCGGCGUCCUGCCCGCAGAAGCUGCAGAAGGCAUUAUAGAGACUGUGUACAAUCUGGAAAAAGUGGAGGACUGUUCUGUAUUAACUAAGUUUUUAUCAGGACAGUCAGUGAGAGCGCUUUCGGAGAAGCUGCACUUCCUUUGACUGUUCCAACCGACAGCUAGACACUGUUCACAAAGCAAGCACAAAAUUUAGGACAAGCUCCCAUUUAGUGACUCAAGGACUUUUAAAUUGGACUCCUGUAACACAAGAGCCAUGCUCAGUCCAAUACUGUGGUUUUUGCCUAAGUAAAUAAUUUAGCAAUUACGUGGGCAGCUCAGUCAGGCUGAACGGAAGAUCCUCUGCUGGCACAGUCGACUUCAAUUAUCUUUAUACCUCUAGAGGCAGAGCACUGCUUGCGCACCACACAAACAUUUCCCUGCUCUUCUGCCAAAAAAAAGGUCUGUUCUGCUUCUCUUAAAUAACUCCAUAAAGGGAAUCCAAGUUCUGGAGGAGUGUGGAAACGCAGUCACCGUGAGAAACAUCACUGCGAGAAGGACAGAGGAUAGCAGCCUUUAUAUAUUUAUUUCAGUAGAUUUAGCUCUAAAGCCUCCUUGGAGAAGCCACCUGCUACGUCAGAGCUUUGACGUUGGUGCUAAAAUAAACGCAGCGUACAUACAGAGUAGUAGCACUGGGUAUCGUCUGCAACGCGUCCGGCUUCGCUGUAACGACUGGUCUUGCAUUGACAAGGUAAACGUUGGUGACCUUCCCGAUGAUGCCAGCUGCAAAGCAAGAGGGACAACUCGACACUCCUCCUCCUAGAAGUGCUAUUUCCCACUUCCAUCUUUUGGCUGCCCGGUGGUACGGGUUUGUUCCUGUAUUCCCACUCCAGUAACAAAGCACUUGCUCCACAAGGCACGAUUAGCACUAAUUAGCGAUGACACGUUUAGAUUAUUUCAGGCACUGCAAAGCAUGGGCUAUGGUACACUCAUGACUGAGAGAGACCUGCGAGCAUCAGACCACUUCUUACACCAAGACAAUUAAGUGUCCACAGUGACAAUCAACUUGCCUUGAUAAUGAAUUCUGGGAAUUUUUAGUUCCUUCAGGAGUACAAAGCCUCGACAGAUUGUGCUUCUAACAGAGGCUGAUGACCUUUGCUCAUGUUUGUAAGAUUAAAGCACAUAUUCUAACAUAUGUAAAAUGUACCUUCCUGAGAGCACUAAAAUAUGUAUAAAAAAAAAAAUCACAAAAUAAAGUUAAUUCAUUUUACUAACUAAACCUCAAAUUAUUUCAUUUAUUAGAGCAAAACUCGCAUGUUUUCCACACACAACGUAUUCAUUUGUACUUAAGCCUCUGCCUCUUGGUUUAUAAAGUCAGUUUAUCAGGGGGCUCUGCAAAAAUUUCAGAAGUCCAUUAGUUAUACUCGCUUAAAGACUUGCAAGGGAAGAAAAAAAAAAAACAAACCCAAAUAACCACAUUCUUUUCUUUUUCCCUUCUGAUUAGAAAGUGGAAUUGAAUUACUCACCUGUACUGAAGGUCUACAGACUCAUUUACAGCUAUUUCAUCUGUAAUUAUAGCUGGAUAACACCAAAUGUGAAUUACUGAUAAUCACUAGUGAUGUGAUAAAAUCCCACUGGACAAGGAGGGUUCCUACAUUAUCUUAUCAAGACUGAAUAUAUUCAGAUUAAUGAGAAAAAAAAAUGAGGAAAACCACCACCACAACCU